UCACACUUGCAGAACCAGUGCCACAGGCAGCAGCGAAGAAAACCACCACCCGAGGAUUAACGGAUAGGAGCCUGCCUUUCGGCAGCAGCAGCAGCAGCCACUUCACAUGGAAGCCAUCGACAUAGUGCGCCUGGAGGAGGCCGUCGUCUCCUUCUACCGCUCCAACUCGCAGAACCAGGCGAUCACCCACGAAUGGCUCACGGACGCGGAGGCCAGUCCGCAGGCCUGGCAGUUUUCUUGGCAGCUAAUGCAGCUCGGCAAGAGCCAGGAAGUGCAGUUCUUCGGCGCCAUCACCCUGCACUCCAAGCUGAUGAAGCACUGGCACGAGGUGCCGCCCCAGAAUCGCGAGGAGCUGAAGCAGAAGAUCCUCGAAUCCAUCGUCCGCUUCGCCGGCGGGCCAAAGAUCGUCCUGAACCGACUGUGCAUCUCGCUGGGCGCCUACAUAGUCCACAUGCUGGGCGAUUGGCCCGGCGCCAUUGAGGAGGUGAUCAACACGUUCCAGAACCAGCGUAUGCCCAAUGUCAGCGCCGAUGUCCAGCUGUGGAUCAUGUUGGAGGUGCUGACGGCCAUUCCCGAGGAGGCCCAGGUCAUCCACACCUCCGUCAAGCGGGUGACGCUGCGUGCCGAGAUCGCCAAGCGGGUGCCACUGGUCCUCCAGACCGUCGAGCGGUACCUUAAGCUUCAGAUGAACCGCGUCUGGGACGCCGAGACCUACAGCAGCAUGAACAGGGCCGUCAAGUGCGUGGGUACCUGGAUCAAAAACAUUGGCUAUACAAUUGAGGGCUGCGUUACCAUCACGGCCGUGCUCCUGGAAGUGGUCCACAAGUGCUACUGGCCCUGCAUACACGCCGGCGAUGGUUGCAUGACCGCCGAUGAGAACGAGCUGGCCGAGUCGUGUCUGAAGGCGAUGGUGAACAUAAUCAUCCAGCCGGACUGCCACAACUAUCCAAAGACGGCGUUUGUGCUAAUCAAGAUGUUUCUCGACUCGUUGUCUGACAUUACGAAGACGGAGUGGAAGCGGGAGAAUGACAAUGAGGACAUCAUCGUGCACAUCUACAUGCUGUUUGUGUCAUCCGUGGAGCGACACUCGACGCUGCUGCUGAGCGGGAUCACAUCCUCGGACCCGGAACUAUCCGUGCUGGUACAUCGAAUCGUGCAGGAGAUUCUGCACUGCACCGACAAGCCGGGUAUCUAUCCCGUGGAGGAGUCCUGCAGCACCAUGGCUCUGGCCUUUUGGUAUAUGCUGCAGGACGAAGUGUUCGCCAUGCAGAACGAUGAGCAGAAGCACAAGUGCUGGGAGUAUAUCAAACCAUUGUACGCCCAUCUCACCAGGAUUCUGGUGCGGAAGUCGGAACAGCCAGACGAAAAAUCAUUGGCCAAAUGGAGCUCGGACGAUUUAGAGUGCUUUAGAUGCUAUAGGCAGGAUAUAUCCGAUACCUUUAUGUACUGCUACGAUGUUUUAAACGACUAUAUCCUGGAGAUCCUAGCCGCCAUGCUGGACGAGGCUAUUGCCGAUCUGCAACGACACCCGACACACUGGACAAAACUGGAGGCCUGCAUCUACUCUUUCCAGUCGGUGGCCGAGCACUUUGGCGGCGAGGAAUCGCGGCAGAUACCGAGACUAAUGCGUGUGCUGGCCGAGAUUCCCUACGAGAAGCUCAAUGUCAAGCUAUUGGGCACAGCUCUGGAGACAGUUGGCUCCUAUUGCAAUUGGCUGAUGGAGAACCCCGCGUACAUUCCGCCAGCCAUCAACUUGCUGGUGCGCGGGCUGAAUUCCUCGAUGUCGGCACAGGCCACGCUCGGCCUAAAAGAAUUAUGCCGGGAUUGUCAACUACAGCUCAAACCAUAUGCGGAUCCGCUCCUCAACGCUUGCCAUGCCUCUCUGAACACGGGACGCAUGAAGAACUCGGACUCUGUGCGGCUGAUGUUCAGCAUCGGAAAGCUAAUGAGCCUGUUGCAGCCGGAAGAGAUACCCAAGUAUUUGGACAUCAUUGUCAGUCCCUGCUUCGAGGAGCUUCAGGCCAUUUGCCAAGCAGAGUCGAAAACUCCCGCUGCUCGGAUUCGCACAAUCUUCCGGCUUAAUAUGAUCUCCACCCUCUUCUCUUCGCUUAACACGGAUGUGGAUGAUGAGUCUAAGGCACUGCCCAUUGUGCAGCCGGUUCUUCUUGUCAUGCAGCGAACAAUGCCAAUCUUUAAAAGAAUCGCUGAGAUGUGGGUGGAGGAGAUUGAUGUCCUUGAGGCCGCUUGCAGCGCCAUGAAGCAUGCGAUUAUGAAUUUGAGGAGCAGUUUCCAGCCAAUGCUGCAGGAUCUGUGCCUCUUCAUUGUGGCCAGUUUCCAGACGCGAUGCUGUGCACCCACUCUAGAGAUAUCGAAGACGGCCAUUGUCAUGUUCUUCAAAGACGAGGGUUGCAAGCCGCUGAUGCAGCAGCUUUUGAGGGAGUUCAUCCAGCACAGCUUUAAGCUUUUUGAGAGCACUCCCGAGCAGAACUUCUCCAACAUUUCGGACACAAUGGAAACCUUCUUCGGCUGUCUGUCGCAGAUCGUCAAGAAAAUUCCGCAGGUCUUGGAGGACAAUACGUUGGCUUACGAUCGACUCGUAUUUUACGCCCAGCGCGGCAUGACUUUGCCGGAGAGUGGAGCCAUUCGGAACAGCAUCCAGUUUCUGACCCACUUUGUGAUGCAGUCGCGCAACCAUCCCCACGUCACAGAAGUCAUCUUGGCCACCGGCGAACAGACCCUAUAUACGGCGAUGAUGUGCGUAGGGUAUCUAACGCCGCGAUCGCAGGUGGACAAGUUUGCAGACAUCCUUCUGGCUAUGAACAAGAAAUAUCCCGCUGAAAUGGCCGUUUGGAUGAAAUCCCUAAUGGCAACCCCCAAUUUCCCCACCCAGCUUAUAACCGACGUGGAUAAAACGCGUUACACAGCUCUAAUAGUCAAGGAAAAGGUCAACAAGAGGUUAUUGCAACAGCAUCUAUCUGAGAUGGCCAUAAAGACGCGAGGACUCACCGAGAAGUUCCAGUGAAUGAAACUAAGCAAUAAGUGGCCAAAUCACAUCUCUAUCCAUCCGGAUUCUUAUCUAGUUUUUGUAAUUGUAAUUACUUUGUAAUUAAGCAGCUUUGUAAAUGUUCCUCAGUCUUAAG